AUGUCGUUUCCUGACAAACCGGUCGCUCACUUGCUCGGCUCAAAUGCCUCUCCGGGAACAUACAUCCUCACCGGCUCAGCAGACCGCAACAUCAGACUAUACAACCCGGCGUCCCAAGACCUGCCCCCGCGCUACGGCUCAGCCAUCAAUAAUAACAAGACACCGGGGACCACCAAGCCCGCCGUGCCGGAAGGCCGUCUCAUCCAGACCUACGCCGCCCACGGCUACGAGGUCCUCGACCUCUCCGUCUCCUCCGACAACGAGCGCUUCGCCUCCGUCGGCGGCGACCGCGCCGUCUUCCUCUGGGACGUCGCCACGGCCAAGACGAUCCGCCGCUUCGGCGGAAACGCGCAUGGCCACACGGCGCGCGUGAACUGCGUCUCAUUCGCGGGUGACGGCGACUCACUCGUCAUCUCGGGAGGCUUUGACACAAGCGUGCGCGUGUGGGACGCCAAGUCCAACUCGGCAAAGCCGGUGCAGGUCUUGGACGAGGCCAAGGACGCGAUCACGGCGCUCGCGGUGAGGGACGCGGAGGUCAUUGCGGGGAGCGUCGAUGGGAGGGUGAGAAGCUACGACGUUCGGAUGGGACGGUGCGUGACGGAUGUCAUCGGGGCGAGCGUGACGAGUCUCAGGCUCACGCGGGAUGGGAAGGCCAUGUUGGUCGGGUCCUUGGACAGCAAGAUCCGACUGAUGGACCGGGAGAGCGGGACGUGUUUGAAGACGUACGCGGAUGCCGGUUGGAGAAACGAAGAGUUGCGCGUGCAGGCCGUCCUCGGCAGCAAGGAAAAGUAUGUCAUUGCAGGUGAUGAGCUUACGGCCGGUACGGGACCUGCAGGCUUGAACGGCGAUGGUAAAAUAUGGGCGUGGGAUCUCAUGACGGGCAAACUGGUCGCGACGGUCCGAGUGCCAUGUCCAGAGGGUUUUGAGCCCAAGAAGAAAAUGCUAGGCAAAGAUGGCAAGGAAAAGGAGAGGAGCAACGUCAUCAGCUGCGUAGCCUGGAGGAACGACGGAUGGGGAGAUCAAUUCUGCGUCGGCGGCACUUCGGGAGUAGCCACUGUCUUUGGUUCACUCUGA